AUGCUACGCUCACGAACUGCUCACAUUGCAAAGUUCUCCUCCAUUGGUGCUGCUCUUAGAACGACCACGCGAAGGCAAUAUGCUAACGUACCAAACCCUCCUCCGGCUGACGGACCAGCGAGUGCCAAAGCAGGAGGUAGCAACAUGGCCCUCUAUGCUGGGCUAGCACUUGCAGCGGGAGGAGGAGUAUACUACUACUUUGCCGCUAAUCCUGACAAGGCGGCUCAACUCAAGGCCAAGGCCAAACGUGAGGAAGAAGAGGCGAUACGCAAGUCGAGGGAAGCCGUCGACGCUGGAAAGGCACGGGUAGAAGAUGGGAUUCAGCAAGGGAAACAGAAAUACGAGCAGACUGCCAAUAGCGCCCAAGCCAAGUAUGAUGAUUACAAAAAGGGCGCCCAGAAUCGACUGAACGAUGCCAAAGACUCGACCGAGAAUCUUUACAACGAAGCCAAAGCAAGAACCCAGUCCCAGGCUGAGGCCACAAAGGGCGGUGUCCAGAGAAAGGAAGAACAAGCGAAAGCUGGCUGGUUUAAUUGGUUGGGAUGGGGAAGUAAUAAAGCUGAAGAAGCAAAACGAGAGGGAGCUUCCAAGGUUUCUGAUGCUGCUGAAGAUGUGAAAAGCAAGGCAGAUAAGCAUACAUGA